AUGGAGCGGCCGGAUCGGAUGCCUGGAGCGGCCGCGCCGCUUACUGCUGUGCGAGGCCUGCCCGAGAACCCGGCUCAAGGACGCCGGCCGGGCCCCAACUACGCUGCAUUGUCAAAUGGCCAUCCGCCGCCCGCGCCUUCCAACGCCAGUCUCCGAAAUGCCUCGUCCAACGCGACCUUGUCGGCGUACAACGCCACGACCCCAGCGCAGGUCAUCGCUUUGGCCCACGAGGCGAUGCAAACAGCCCUCGAGAGCGAGAAGAGCCAAGCUGCAGACGCUGGCGCCGUUGGGCCUGGACUCCGCUCCGGCGUCACCAUUGAUCUGAGCCGUAAGAACAUCCAGAAACUGCCAGAGGAAGUCGUGGACAUAGUCAAAAAUGAGCUGGAACGGCUCGCACUUUCCCAUAAUCAGCUGUCUUUGCUACCCGCUCGAUUCUCCGAGUGCACCUCUUUACGAUACCUGAACAUCCGAGGCAAUCAGAUCAAAGAUUUUCCCAUGCCGCUGUGCGAACUCAAAUCCCUAGAAAUCCUCGACCUCGGCCGCAACCAACUACGUGCCCUGCCUAGCGAACUCUCGAAGCUAUCGUCGUUGAAGGUGCUUUCGGUACCCAAGAAUCAGAUACGCGAGCUUCCUCUAUGCCUGGCCGACAUGGUCUCUCUACAGGUCCUCAAGUUCGAGGGGAAUCCCAUCAGCUUCCCGCCCAAGGGCGUAAUGCAACCCCAGACUGGGACCCCGCCGAACGAGGGCCUUCCCCGGGACAUCGAGAUCAACGAAGUCGUGUUGACAGCACAUAUCAAAAGGUACAUGCGGCAGUACGCAAUCAAUGGGCGUACCGACUCCGAGGCCACAGGCGACGAGUCGAGCGAGGGGGCCGAGACGCCACGGUUCCCUCUGAAGCGAGCCGCGAGCGGUCGGUUCCCCAUCAAGGUGAAUGGCGCCGACGUGCCCGACAUACGAUCCCCCAACAGCGGGUCUCGCCCGUCGGUCGUUCCCAGCAGGUCGCACUACAGGGGCCUGUCUCAACAAAACGCGGCGAUUCGACGGCCGGGCGUCAUGCCUUUGACCAUUGGCAACGUCAAUGAGCGGCUUCGCAGCAACUCGGAAACACUGCUUCGCUCCGAGCGGGCCGACGGCCGCAACCGUCGCAUGGGCGUCGUCUCCAAGAAGGCAUCGGAGCUUGGCACACUGGACGAGACGCAAGCCAACGUCCGAUUUAGCCACUACCGGGGCCUGAGCCAUGGGUCGGCGAUGCAGGGCACCGUGGCCAGCGUCAAGAGUCCGGCCACACCGACAGAGCCCUAUCUCCAGCGCCCCAUAUACGUCCGGCGUCUCUCCAUCCUCCCGGAGCGGCGCCGCGAAUCCAAAAUAUUUGACCCCGUCAUUGAAGCCGCCAAGGGAGUGCUCUACUCCGUCUUUCAGAUUCACCCCAUGAUCCAGGUGCUCAUGACGUUGACCAAUGAUGGAUCUGCCAAGAGGUCGAGCCUGGAAAUCGUCUUUUAUAACACCAACUCACACGUGGAGGAACUGGAACAGGAAAUACAAAAGCAUGAUACGGCGAUCGCGGAAGGUGACGAGGCCCCCUCUCGCGACAACGGGAACGUGCGCCGGGCUUGCCAGACUCUUGUGAGCGCCUACGGGCACGUCUGCACCCUGCUGGCGGAUAACAUCGAUACGUUUGUCGACAAUGGAGACGCGCGAUAUAUUCGGACGCUCCUGAUGUUGCUCUACAACAGUAUCAUGGAGCUCCGUGUCACGCUGGCCUCAGUUAGGACGGAGUACGCCAAACCCCGCCCAGCCAAUCGAGACCUGGAGAGCACCAACAGGACCAUCCGCCCGUACUAUCGAGAGCCGGCCGCCACCCCGACCGCGGAUCGUCCAGGCUUCGCACGAAGUCGCAACGGAACAGUCGUCCACAACCCCGCGAACUUGAGAGUUGCCACGGACGUGCCCAUGCCAAAUCUCAACGGCAACGGACGAUCGGUCACGGUGACGUCGGCGACGCCUCGCUCGGGCGAGUCGUUUUCAUCGGCGCACAGCCGGGACAUGGCUUCCGAGUUUUCCGAAGACGACGCCCAGUUCGACCGCAUCUUCCUGUCGCUGCAGAAAUCGUCGGACAUUGUCCUCCGCACCUUGCCCAAUUUCCAGGACCAGCUAUCGGGUGGCCUGAGAAGGGCGCUGCAGCAGCGCGCUCCCAUGGGCAUGAUCCAAAACUGGAAGAGCCUGAUUGCCAUGUGCCAAACCACCAUCCAGCAGACGGAGAUUCUGAGAAACCGGUUGUCGUUGAUCAAGCUCAAAGACCCAGGCGUGAGGACGCAGCCCAACUUUUGGGAUCAAUGCAGCAACUUUGUUGCCUCCUGGACCACCUUGGCGGGCACAAUCAUAGAGGCCAUCAACACGAUUCCCCUGCCGCCCGACACCAGAAUCCGUCUGAGGCCGAUCCAGCAGAGCAUGAAGGAGACGAGCAGCACCAUUGUACACUCUCCGUGGCACCAUCUGCUUCGACCCAGCUGGAGCUCCGGAAGCAUGCCGGCAGCCUCUUAUGCCUCCCAUAUCAUGUCGCCGACGCAGGCGCAGGUUCCAAUAACGCCCCAGAGCGCAGCCUUGGGACCCGCGAUGCAAGCCACGGUGUCGACGACACCCCACAGCGCAUCCUUUGCGGCGGCGUUUCAUGGUAAUGUGUUUGAUAGGGCAGACGCGCUCAUUGCAAACCCGGGCAUCUCCAUGUCCCGCACCGGGACCAUGACACGGGGCCAUUCGGGCUUCAAUUCGUUGUCGUCCAUCUCGUCCAUGUCUUCGGACGGCAACACGUCGGCGUCCUCGGCCCCUUUCAGCCCCAACAGCGGCCUGGGGCUCCUACCGCCACGCAUCAACGGCGGAAAAGUGGCCAUAUAG